AUGGUCUACCGACCGCCGAGAAAUGAUCCCACGGCGGACGCCCGUCUGAUUGAGGACCUAAAGAGAUUCUCUUCCCGGUCCGACGUCUUAAUCGUGAGGGACUUCAACGCACAUCAUAUCGACUGGAGUUCAGCUUAUGCAUCUGGUCCAGACCAUGCUUCCGACCGACGUUUGCUGGACAUGACCCUCAAGUUAUUUCUCACCCAGCACGUCUCUUUACGGAGUAGGGUGCGCGAAGAGCAACAGUCAGACUGUCGGGGUCUGGUCCUUACGAAGUCGUUCGACACCACUGAUGAGGUACAAUGUCUACCUCCCCUAGGUCAAGGCGACCACGUCGUGUUGUUGUGGGAGUACUCCAUUUUUUUCUCUGCCCGAACAAGCCACCAGGGCUAGAAGGAACAUUUGGCGCGGUGACUUUGCCCAAAUGAAAGCUGAAAUAAACACCAUAAACUGGGAAUCAGCUUUUUCCGCUGAUAUAAUCAAGGAUUGGGACUGGUUAAAUGAAUUACUGCACGUUCUUCUCAGAGACCACUGUCCUAUUUCAAGGAAGAAACUGAACAGCAGACCCCCCCGUGGCUAACAUAAACUUUAAAAAAGUGAAUAAAAAGUGGAGGUUAUGGAGGAAAUUCUUUUCAAAUAGGAGUUCUCUGUCGAUAAAUGCAUACAAGGCACAAAGGAACCUAAUUAAGAAACUAAUCCUCGGGGCGCGGCGUACUUUCGAGAAAGACCUACUAAAUCUGGCCCCAGAAAAUCUGAAGUUAUUCGAUGGUUAUAUAAGAAGGAGCACGCGAAACAGAGACCCAAUUUCAUUAUCGAAAGCUAGUGAAGACCUAGAGCUCAGUAAAGACUUAGAAAAGGCAGGGCACAUUUCGCAAUUUUUUAAGUCCAUCAUUACGAAGGAAAACGCAGUUAUUCCCCCGACUGCGACAUAGCGGACGGGCCAACGAUUGAAGUCGUCUCUUUCGCCGAAGCUAUUGUUUGCAAAUAACUAUUGAUGCUGAAUUAGUCUAAAUCACCUGAGCCGGAUGACAUCCCGUCAAAAUGGUUGAAGGAGCUCGUUGGAAAACUAUUUAAACCGCUGUCCAUGCUCUUCCAAGCUUCGUUCAAGGCAGGCCAUUUGCUUGCCGAUUGGAGAUAUGCACGGAUCACGCCACUUCAUAAAGGCGGCAGCAAGGUCUUAGGAAACAACUACAGACCAACCAGCUUUAAUUCAGUCUGCUGCAAUAACUAAGCGAGAAAUCAUGCGCUUCCUAGAAGAGCAUAAUCUGCUAUGCGAUGCCCAGCACGGAUUUCAUAGAGGCAGAUCUUGCGUGACGAAUCUACUAUAUUGUUUAUAACGCUGGACCCGGGCAGUUGAUGGCGACAAUGCAGUGCACGCAGUUUACGUCGAAAUUAAGAAAGCAUUCGACAGUGUGCCAUACCAGCGUCUUCUGUACAAAUAAAGUUGAACAGGCGUUAGAGGUAAUCUCAUCAGGUGGAUCCAAAGCUUCUUGAUCGGUCGCUCUCAACUCGUCCACGUCGGUGACAGGCAGUCGGCGGAGGUAGCGGUUGAAAGCGGUGUUCCUCAAGGCUGCAUACUUGGCACUCCCCUAGUUGUUAUAUACGUCAACGACUGCGUCAGUGCACUGAAUUGUGAUAUUUCCAUGUUCGCUGAUGAUGUUAAACUUUGGAGCGUCAUCCGAACUGAAUUUGAUGACGAGCGCUUACAAGCAGACCUGACCCGACUCGAGAAAUGGUCACAGGACUGGGUUUUGCCGUUGUAUAUGACUAAGUGCUUGGUUUUGCAAGUCAGCAAAACCCACUGUCUGAGCCGGAGGGUUUAUCACCUAAACGGCGUACCACUGCAGGAGGUAGACGCCCAGAAAGACUUGGGUGUGUGGGUAACGGCUUCUCUUAAACCGUCGCUCCACUGCUCCAAGGUUGCCAAAUCCGCAGUGUCAGUCCAUUAUCUUGUCAAGUGAGCUUUCUCUGCCUUCGAUGAGGACUGCUUCUUUAAAGUCUUUCUGACUUUCGUACGUCCACAGUUAGAGUUCGCUAUCCAGGCGUGGAAACCCUGGACCUCUAAAGAUCUCAGCAUCCUUGAGAAAGUUAAAAGACGGGCAACAGACCUCGUUAGUGGACAGUGUUCAGUGUCCUGCGAAACAUGGCUAUCCAAUCUCAGCUUUUUUCCACUGAGUUACAGACAACUAAGAGGCGACCUUGUACAAACAUUCCGUAUAAUAUGCGACCAGGACUGCUGUCACUUACCUCCUGGUUUCUUUGAGCUAGCAACCACAUUUAAACUACGCGUGACUGGCGCUAGGCUGGAUGUGCGGAUUUUCUUCUUUUCAAACAGAAUGGUCGAGGCUUGGAAUGUCCUGCCCGCAGAUGUCGUCAUGUCCACCUUCGUCGAGGCUUUUAAGCGCAAGUUGAACCAGUAUACCAAUAAACAUCAUAAUGCCACCUGACCGAUAUCGCUUUAGAAUUUCGCUCGAACAGUUUAUUAAUGUUAUUGUAUUACUGCUCGUAUUUCAGCAGCGUUUGUUUUUUACUAUUAUCUCGAGUCCGUUGAUUGUGUGUUGGCAUUCAGUUCGUCUCGCUUAGAAACGAAGAUCGCACCAAUUAUGCGUGGACCGACUACUGUACAGCACAUUUAGUAAUGUUAAUAUUUUUAACAUUUGGAACAACUAGUUUAUCUGACUAGUUUAGAUAACUUUGCCAAUCUAAAAAACUUCUGUAGCUGUUUGAUAUUUCCAUUUUCAAAUUUUUGAUAUAAUUUGCCUCCUUGUAGCAAACAGGGAAUUCAAAGGUCCAACACCUUUGUUUCCCUCAAAUAAACUGAAACUGAAAGACAGUGUGGGGUUACGAUACAUAAAAAUGGCGUGUAGGAGUAUCCAGUUGUGGGUCUACGUGAUGGGCGUAACAGGUCACUUCAUUUGUUUGCAGCCAUAGGCUGCUCCUAACGUCCAUUAACCGGCAUCCGACACUUUCGUGUGGUCCUUUGAAGUUAGGCCCUGCCUAGAGACCAAAACCCGGUAACCGCCUCGACCGACCGUUUAAACCGGGUGAGAGUAUCCGGCGCAUGGCAACUAUGCUUACCUUCCUCUUCCCUCUUCCUCUCCUCUCCUCUCACUUCACUCCCUACUCCCUCUACUCCAUACAUUUAUCUCUUCCACCACGGUCGAAGUGUCCUACGACGAGGGUCACAUAUAAUCACGUAGGCGGCCUGGGCCUAUCGGGUCGUUUGCUCAUAAAAGCAAUACGUGACCCAUAACAUAGUUUAGCAGCCUCAUGGGCCGACUAAGCAGCCCUAUUCAGGGAAGCCACUGCUUACCCUCUCGCAGCGGAGGGGCCUAUAAAAGGUGCCUAAAACAAAUGCUGGGACCGCGUCGUCUGAGCGCUGACCGUGGCCCGCGGACGAAAACCCCACGGUCGAAACAACCAAACAAGAAACCAAACUUCCUCUCUUCUCCCUCCACGCCGUCCCACCCCACAGGCAACUAGGGUGAGUGCGCUCAAUCUGGCAGCCAGAAAUGUUCGUUCCCUUUACGCCACUCUGAGGAGUAACCGACCGGAAGGAAGGACAAAGCUAGUCAUUCGGGAACUAGCGCGUACCACGGUGGACGUCACCACCCUCAACGAAACUCGGUUCUCCUACCGAGGCCAACUAGGCGAGAUAGGUGCCGGCUACACCUUAUUCUGGAGCGGCCGCUCACAGGCAGAGUGACGCGACGCCGGCGUGGCCUUUGCCAUCCGUAGCGACAUCGUCAGACGCUUGCCCUGUCUGCGGCAGGGCAUCAACGGUCAUCUGAUGAGCCGCCGCCUGCGAAUGCGCCCACACGAUGACCAGCCCUGACGCGGCAAAGAACAAAUUCUACGAGUACCUGAACGCUUUUCUGGCGUCUGAGCGGGAGGGGGAUAAGUUGAUUUUUCUUGGUGACUUCAACGUCCGCGUCAGCUCAGAUCGUGCAGCCUGGGGGAGUGCUGUGUCCCCAUGGCCUCGGCGGCUUCAGUGACAAUGGCCUGCUCCCCCUACGAACCUGCGCAGAGGAUCGCCUCAUUCUGAUCAACACCUUCUGACUUCCGACGCGGAAGAAGGUGACCUGAAUGCACCCUCGGUCGCGACACUGGCACCCGCUGGACUACGUCCUCGUCCAGAAGCGAAACCAGCCAGACGUGCAGGUGACAAAGGCGAUCCCUGGUGUCGGCGGAUGGACCGACCGUCACCUCGUCAUCUCGAAGACAAGGAUCCGCUAACAACCUCGCAGAAGACCUCAAGGUAUGCGAGAAACAGGUGAGAUUAAUGCUGUUUUGUUGAAUGUGCCUGUUCACCAUCUCCAUUUCGACAAUGAACUAGCUCAACGGCUAGCCAACUUUUCAGUCGCCGCCGCUGAAGAGAACGCCUCCGUAGAGAACCGAUGAUGUAAUCUGGGGGACACAAUCCAGUCAACCGCCCUUGGCCGAGCACGUCGCCAGCAUUAGAACUGGUUUGACGACAACGACACCGUCAUCAGCAAACUGCUUGCCGAGAAGAACCGCCUGCACAGGGCCUAUGUCGAUACAAAAACAAAGAAUCGUUCUACCGAUGUCGUCCCCUUGUACAACAGCGACUGCGGGAAAUGGAAGACGCCUGGACGGCUUUCAAGGCCGAGGAGAUCCAAGGGCACGCGAACCGCAACGAAUGGAAGAACUUCUUUGCAGCGGUCCAACAGCAAAAGGAACCGCUCCUCUACUCAUAGAAAAGUCCCAAAUUCUGAAGCAAUGGGCCGGACACUGCAGAAGCGUCCUCAAGUGUCCUUCCAUCAUCUCCGACGCCGCCAUCGACCGAUUGUCUCAAGUGGAGACCAACGCCGAACUCGGCCUCCCGCUCUCUCUCCAUGAAACCGCCAGGAAGUUGAAGCAACUCGCGAGCACGAAGGCGCCCGGAUCAGACGCGAUCUCCAAAGAGAUUUACGAGCACGGCGCCCACCAAAUCAUGAAUCACCUGACAGUGCCUUUCUAGGAGAUGCGAUGUCAAGGAGUAGUCGCUCAGUGCCUCAAGGGCGCUACAAUAGUCCACCUCCACAAGCGGAAAGGGAACCGCCAAAUGUGUGGCAACUUCGGAAACAUCUCCCUGCUCAAAAUCGCUGGAAAAACCCUCGCCAGCCUUCUCAUCAAUAGUAACAGUAGUCAUCUGGAAUAGGGACUCCUACUGGAAAGCCUGUGUGGCUUUUGCCAUCAUUGCAGCACCACCGACAUUAUUUCCGCUGCCCGCCAGCUGCGGGAGAAAUGUCAGGAGAUGCGGACCCAUCCGACUAUACCUUUGUGGAUCUGACGAAAGCCUUUGACACGGUGAAUUGCGAAGGACUGUGGAAAAUAAUGUAGAAGUUAUCCUGCUCCGAGCGAUUCACUCAGAUGAUCCAUCAGCUUCACGAAGGUAUGAUGGCGUGCGUCGCGGACAAUGGAGUCGUCUCAGAGGCAUUUGCAGUUACCAACGGAGUGCUGAGUCGCUGCGCCUACCCUCUUCAGUCUCAUUUUCUCUGCAAUGUUGAUGGACGCCUACUGUGACGAACGUCCCGGGAACUGCGUCGCCUAGAGGAUGGAUGACCAAUUCCUUAGUCGCCAGUGGAUGCAUUUCUGGUCAUGUGUAUCCACAACAACCUCCAAGGAAAUUCAUUUCGUCGACAAAUGCGCUCUCAAUGCAGCCAGAGAAGGGAACAGGCAAAGGGCUAUGGACCUCUUCGCCAUCGUCUGAGACCGCUUUGGCCUAAUUAUCAACUCGACAAAAACAGUGCUUAUGCACCGACCGCCACCCAACGCUGCCUACACCGACGUCAACGACGCCAAAGUGCAAGCCGCUGGGCACCCUCGCUUACCGGGGCAGAAUCCUCUUUUGCAGCACGAAACUCAACGAUGAGGUACCUACUCGGAUCUCCAAAGCCGGUCAGACCUCCUGCCACAUGUAGAACACCGGCUGAGACAAUCAUGGUCUCCAACCCAGCACUCAGAUGAUUCAUCAGCUUCACGAUGGCAUGAUGGCGUGCGUCGCGGACAAUGGAGUCGUCUCAGAGGCAUUUGUAGUUACCAGCGGAGUGGUGCGUCUCUGCGCCUACCCUCUUCAUUCUCAUGUUCUCUGCGAUGCCGAUGGACGCCUUCUGUGACGAACGUCCCGGGAACUGCGUCGCAACUUUCUCAGUCGUCGGCGUGUUCACUUCUGGUCACGUGUAUCCACAACUACCUCAAAAGAAUUCCUCUUCAUCGGCGAAUGCGCUCUCAAUGAAGCCACAGAAGGGAACACGCAAAGCGGUAUGGACUUCUUCGCCACCGCCUGCGGCAGCUUUGGCCUAAUCAUCAACACGGUAAAAACAGUGGUAGUGCACCAACCGCCACCCAACGCUACCUACAGCGACGUCGAGAACACCAGAAUGAAAGCCGCGAGUACCCUCGCCUACCGGGGCAGCAUUCUCUCUUGUAGCACCAAACUCAACGAUGAGGUGCCCAAUGGGAUCUUCAAAGCUAGCCAAGCUUCCUACCGCCUGCAGAACACCGAUUGGGACAGUCACGGUCUCCAGCCCAGAGUUAAACUGAAGAUGUACAAAAAUGUCGUCUUGCUGACACUGCUGUACGGGGCGGAGACCUGGACGGUGUACUAA